AUGGCCGACUCUCUGACGUUUCGAGACUUGGGUCUGAGUACCGCCGCCUUGCGAGCGGUCAAGUCGCAUCCUGAUUGGACUGCUCCGACGCUAGUGCAACAACUGGUCAUUCCAAAGCUCCUGGAGGACAUCGGUUCCCCACGGAAGCGUUCCAUCUGGUGCGAAGCUCCGACGGGUUCUGGCAAAACGGCAGCGUACGGACUGCCACUCUUGCAAAAUACACAAACAGCGUGCUUUCGGGAACCAAACGCACUGAUCCAAGGUGGGAUUUCCUCCAUAAUUAUCCUUCCGACUCGAGAGUUGGCAGUGCAAGUGGGCGUGGUCUUGUCGGAGCUUGCUCAGAAUAUGUCUCGGGGGGGAUUCAAUAUUAUGGUUUUGUACGGAGGAACUCCAUUGCAAUCGCAAGUUGAUCGAAUGGAUGAGUACGCUCGUAGUGGAGAGACCAUUCAUGCAGUGGUGGCUACACCUGGCAGGUUUCUAGACGUGAUGGCCCGUGUCGAACACCCCACUUUACUGGACAACCUACGCUACCUUGUUUUGGACGAAGCCGACAAGCUAAUGGGUAACGGGUUCGCAAAGGAGCUGGACGGUGUCUUGAAUCUGCUACCCCGCAAAGUCCCGACGUGGCUGUUUUCGGCGACCUUUUCCAAGAGUAUGGUUCCUCAGGUGGCAGAUGUAAUGAAGCGGCUCGAAAUUGAAAUGGAAUUGGUUGGACCCGCUUCAACUAUUGAUCUCCGGACGAUUCGUUUGCACCAGCGAGACCGCACGCAAGUUUUGCGGAGCCUGUUGGAAGCGAAUAAGGAAUGGGACCGAGUCUUGGUCUUUGUCGCUACGCGAUACGCGUGCGAGCAUGUUUCUCGAAAGCUGCGCCGUCUCGGUAUUCCGAGUAGCGAUUUGCACGGUAAGCAGGAUCAAGACAUUCGUUCGCAACAGCUUGAAAGUUUCCGCAGGGGCCAUACACGAGUUCUCCUGGCAACCGACUUGGCCUCCCGCGGCUUGGAUGUGACUGCUUUGUCAGCGGUCGUUAACUACGAUCUCCCCAGAUCCUCUGCAGAUUUUAUACAUCGGGUGGGACGAACCGGGCGAGCAGGGUGUAAAGGAGUAGCAGUGACCUUUCUUACAGCCGAUUCGGAGGCGCAUUUGAACUUGAUUGAAAGUCGUCAUCUGGCGGAGCCCGUUGCACGAGAAAUCUACCCGGGUUUUGAGGUUGAC